AUGCGGUUCUCUUCCUUUCAGAUUUGGGAUGGGCUGACCCAGCGAUUUCACCGGGUGAUCGCUCUGGAUUUCAUGGGGUUCGGUUUCAGCGACAAGCCCAGGCCCCACCGCUACUCCAUCUUCGAGCAAGCCAGCAUCGUCGAGGGGCUGGUGCACCACCUCGGCCUCCACCACCAGAGGAUUAACCUCCUGUCCCAUGACUACGGGGACACGGUCGCGCAGGAGCUGCUCCACAGGUAUGAACACAACGAAACCGGAAGCAUCUUGAUCAACAGCCUCUGCUUAUCCAACGGAGGAAUUUUCCCGGAAACGCACUACCCCAGAUUCAUUCAGAAGAUUCUCAAGGACGGCGGUUUCCUGUCCCUCAUCAUCAUGCGGCUGAUGAACUUCUUCUUCUUCUCCAGAGGGCUCGGCGCGGUCUUUGGGCCGUACACGCAGCCUUCGCAGGCAGAGUACUGGGACAUGUGGACGGCAGUGCGGACGAACGACGGGAAUCUCGUUGUUGACAGUAUUUUACAGUACAUAAACCAGAGAAAGAAGCACAGAGACCGCUGGGUUGGGGCUCUGAUGUCCACUUCUGUCCCACUGCAUCUCAUCUAUGGGCCCUUGGACCCCGUGAAUCCACACCCAGAGUUUCUUCAGCUUUACAAGAAGGUGCUUCCCACGUCCACAGUGUCUGUGCUGGACGACCACAUUAGCCACUACCCCCAGCUGGAGGAUCCGACAGGCUUCCUGAAUGCAUAUCUCAACUUCAUCAACUCCUUCUGAGCUGCUUCAGCUCAGUUGUUUCUCUCUGUUUAGGAGUCCGGCUUUGGGGGCAAGGAGAAACCUUGAUUUAUUUCCAGAUCCAAUACCCUGUACUAAGAACCUAAACCUUUGGCUGGCAAACUCUUUGUCUCCAGGUAUGCAGUUAAAUUCUUUGAGCUCCGGAAAAGAUUAGCCUCCAGGAAGGCAUGGACAAAACUGUCAGCAGAAGUAAAGUCACGGGCUGCUGACAGCACUUCCAGCCCUGCACUGCCCUUGCUUCUUGACUUGCCUGUCUCUGUAUUUCGGGCCCGAGGGAAAGGAGGGCUCGAGGAACAGACACACCUGAGGGGAGGCAGAGUACAUAUGUCAGUCCAAAGGUCCUGUGUUGCCUUCAGCACUAAGCUAUCCUGCUCACCACAGGUAGACAGGACCAUUAUCAACUUUGUUGAUGAGAGGAUUUCCGAGAUGCACAUCAGAUGUUUUUCUGUAUUUGAACUGAGUUAUUGCAUAGACAGUUUAAAUUAUACCCCUGUGGUAAGUGUUAUAAAACAUGACUAGCUUGUCAGGACGGAUGGAUUUUGAAACUCUCUCUGAGCUUGUAUGCAUCAAAUUCAGCAGAAGAGCUGGAGCUGUAACACUGUAGCUGCACCUGGAGUGGGGCAUUUAAGCAGCAUAAUUAUGCCUUCAGCAAUUGCUUUUGAACGGCCAAUUACUUGUAGGCAAGCUCUAAAAAGCAUGCCUUUACCCACAGCCCUUGUUUCUGUUAUUUUCAGUUCCAUACACGGUAAACCAAGCAGAGCAAUUCACUGACGCGUCACCCUUGGGAAAGUCUCAGGAGCUUUCCUGAAGCUCUGCUGUUUCUACCAGGGCGAGCUCCUUUAUCCAUUUCAUGAGAGUACGCUGAAUAUGCAAUACUGGCAAUGGCAAAAGCCAGAGGGUUCUUCUGAGCAGUAGCUUUUCAAGCCACAGGGAUUAUCAUAAAAAUAGUAUUCUCCCACACCCUUGACUUUAUAUUCUAAAGAAGCACCAGUUCAUCAGAGAGAUGCUACAUAUCAGAACUUCCUUCACACAGAAGUUAGCGCAAGAUCCUUCUUUCCCCAUCUCUUCCUGACCUCUCCCCCCCACCCCGCAGUGCUUUUGCUACAGGAUGUUUUCACAGCUUUGAGUCCAGGAAAAGGGCUGCACUGUUGCUUGGUAACAUCUGAGGUAAGGGUCACAACUGUUGUUCCAAAGUACAAAAUUAAUGUACCAUUAGAGAGUAAGUUUAAUUUCUCUCCAUACAUUGUGAUACAGAGGAGACAAUCAUCAUGACAGUGGUUGUAAAUGUACAAGCUGGCAGACUCUGCAAGUUUUGUGUGUUUUUAACUGCUUAUGCUUUGAAUGUAGUAGCAUCUCCUAGGAAUAAGGGGCUUCUGCUGAGUGAACAGCCACUAUGGGCUACUUUUUGUGUACGGAAGAUUUGGAAGCAGACAGAAUUACAACAAGAAAUUUCUAUUUUAUUAACAGUAAUUCAUAGGGAUUCCACCACUGGGAUCAAUGUUUAUUUUCUGUUAAUAAAAAUCAUUUUUGACAAAGUU